AUGCCCCAAGUAAGACAAGAUACAGACACCACUUCUUUCACCGCACUGCUCAACAGCCCUCUUGACUCAUCCGCCACGGGCUCGCCAAUUACAGAACUGCCAGUGGCAGUGACAGGCCCGCCAGUCAGUCAAACCGUGGGACGAAAUGAUACUCAGUUUCAAGGCUUGCAGCGCCAGAGAGUUGAUAGAGAUGUCGUCCCACACCGAGACGGCCAUUAUCGCCAGUUGAAACCUCAGUUGCAGCCUCGUAUCCAACCUCUUGAUGUUCUCCAACCUCCUCCCGUUGAUGUUGACGAUGACAGCGACCCGCCGACCCCCAAACGUCGGCGACGUUCACCCUCAUCAUAUCGACCUACUCCCUUUAUAAGGGAGGUCCAAGCUGACUGGAAAAAACAAGCCGAGCGUGCGGCUGCAGCAGAGGCGGCAGCGGCGGCUAAUCCAGGAUCGUCCACCGUUGACUUGACACAUGUCAACGAUGAUGCUGCCCCGGAACAGCCCCUGGACCCCAAGGAUGAAGAGGUUUGCUAUGGUAUGAUCAAAACUCACGCAAACUGCACUCGAGCUCCUUCGCCUAAGCCGGGAGUACAGAGCAUGUGGGGUCCCAACUAUCAACCUAGCAUCAAGGUUAUCCUCAGGAGGAUGGCUGAUGACAGCAACUCUCUUCGCGUUCCUGUUUGCGACCACACCAGACAAAUCAUCGGGAUGGUCGAUUAUUCCGCUAGCAAGGCUUUGGCGCCUCUGCUGGACUUUAACAUUCGCGUUAGGACCGACUGCCGUAUCCCACCGCAGCCUAUGGGGCCCGGCGAAGUACCUGGCCAGGCAGUAUCACGCUCCUAUAUCCUCGAUAUUGUCUUGUACGGGCCCUUGAAAUACGCUAGGAAUGUUGGGACCCUUCUGGAGCGGUCUGGCAUUCCGCUUCAACAACCUUAUAUCAUCCAAAGAGGUAUCAGACUCUGCAACCCUCACACCGCGGACUACUUGCGUUCCCUCAAAAAGUCGUCCUCUGGAGUAUAUGGAAAUCGCCCUUCAGAGCCUUCUCGCGUUACAAGCUUCACCCCGAGAACCGUUGAGGAAGUCCGCUCAGAAGUUAUGGGUGUGUUCGAUUCUCUUACUAGGAGUGACGAACUACCCACUGAGGACCCCCCAGCAUGCAUCACAACCCCCCUACUUACUCAUCAGAAACAGGGGCUCUACUUCAUGAUGGCGAGAGAGCAGCCUCGCGAGCUGCAGCUGGAUGAGACGGGCAUGGUUUCUUUCUGGCAGACCAAGCUCGCCCCAACUGGGCAACCGAUCUUUCAUAACGUCAUCACCGACGAGAGCCAGGCUACCGUUCCUACCGAUACCCGCGGCGGUAUACUGGCUGAUAUGAUGGGUCUUGGAAAAACACUCAGCAUAUUGUCCCUCAUAGCAAGCACCAUGGACGAAGCACAGGAAUUCAAGCAGCUCGCCCCUGAGCAGCCAUCCGCCCCAGAAACCAGGCAGACAAGGACCGAAAUGGAUCCCAUACAAGCGCCGCUGGGUUUGACUACAAUUACUAAUUGGGAGGAACAAAUUAAGCAGCACGUAGCUCCUGGCAAGCUCUCUUAUCACAUCUACCACGGACCCAACCGCAUCAAAGAUUUAGCGCGACUCGCACAGUUUGACAUCGUGAUUACAACUUACGGAUCUGUUUCCAAUGAGCUCAGCUCUCGACGAAAGGCCAAGACUGGCAGCUUUCCCCUUGAAGAGCUUGGAUGGUUCCGCAUCGUUUUAGAUGAGGCACACAUGAUUCGCGAGCAAACCACGAUGCAGUUCAAGGCCAUAGUUCGCCUUCAAGCCCAACGACGAUGGGCUGUAACUGGAACCCCUGUCCAAAACAGAUUGGAUGAUUUCGCAGCCCUCUUGUCUUUCCUUCGUCUGGAGCCUUUCCACCAUAGAGCGAAGUUCCUUCGGCACAUUGUAGAGCCGUUCAAGGCCUGCGACCCGGACAUUGUGCCAAAGCUCCGCAUCCUUGUUGACACCAUUACCCUUCGCCGACUUAAAGACAAGAUUGACCUGCCCCCCCGAGAAGAUCUCAUUGUCAAACUUGACUUCAGCACGGAGGAGCGCGGCAUAUACGAUCUCUUUGCCCGGAACGCCCAAGACCGAGUCAGAGUCCUAGCUGGUAACCCUACCUCCGUGGCUCUUGGAGGAAACACCUACAUCCACAUCCUGAAAGCCAUUCUCCGCCUUCGUCUGCUCUGUGCACAUGGCAAAGACUUGCUCAACGACGAGGACUUGGCAGCCCUGCGAGGCAUGUCGGCCGAGAUGGCAAUCGAUAUCGACGAUGACGACGAGAAUGGAGGCGAUACGAACAAUGAUACGUGCAUAGAAUGCAAUAAGAAGAUCUCUUCCCAGGAGCAAAACCCAAUAGAUGCCGAAAAGGAGGACGAUACGCUAGGAUACAUGACCUCUUGCUUUCAUGUUGCAGGCCCCUGUAUUGUUUGCAAUGCCCAUGUACGAUUUGGUUUCGUCAACAUAUGCCGCUCGGAUGCAGACGGCGAACACGAUGGCAUUCUCAAAUCAAAAUCGAAACAAGCCGGAAAAGAUCUCGACAAUUACAGCGGCCCUCACACCAAGACCAAAGCCCUCCUCGAGGAUCUUCUUAAAUCCAAAGCCGCCAGCGACGCCAAUCCCCAAGAACUACCCUUCAAAUCUGUUGUAUUUUCAGGGUGGACAUCGCACUUGGACCUCAUUGAGCUGGCGCUUAAGGAAGCCGAUAUUAAAUUCACGAGAUUGGAUGGCAGCAUGACACGACAGGCACGCACAGCGGCCAUGGACAAUUUCCGCGAAGAUCGCAGCAUUCACGUCAUUCUUGUUUCAAUCACGGCCGGUGGGCUGGGCCUCAACCUAACUGCCGGCAACAACGUGUACGUGAUGGAACCGCAGUACAACCCGGCGGCCGAAGCUCAAGCGGUCGAUCGUGUGCACCGCCUGGGACAGAAACGCCCCGUGCGAACGAUUCGAUACAUUAUGCGCAAUAGCUUUGAAGAGAAGAUGCUCGAAUUGCAAGAAAAGAAGAAGAAGUUAGCGAGCCUCAGCAUGGAUGGCCAAAAUAAGGCGCUGGACAAGGCAGAGGCUGCGAGACAGAAACUCAUGGAUCUCCGCAGUCUUUUCAAAUAA